AUGGAUUCGAAAGUUGUACUUAAAGAAAAAAAUCCUCACGAAAAUGCCAAUUUCUUAUCAAAAAUCUUUUUAUGGUCGAGCUUUCCUCUUUUUAGAAAAGGCUAUAAAGAAGGGUUUACAUUAGAAGAUUUAUGGCAAACUCGCGGCGGAGAUCAGUCUGGACGUCUUGGAGAUCGCCUAGAACAAGCGUGGGAAAAGGAAGUAGAAAAAUGUCGCAAAACAAAAAAUAAACCUUCUCUAUCUAGAGCAAUAAUAAGCUGCUUUUGGUUCGAGUACAUGAUGUGCGGCUUCUUAGCAGGCAUACUUUUUAUUGUCGUGUGGCCACUCGUUCCUUUUACUUUAGCUUUAUUUAUAGAAUAUUUUGCGGGAGAUAAAACGCCAGAUACGUAUAAGAAAGCACAUAUUUAUAAUUUUGCUAUGAAUGUUUCUACAAUAUUAACUGCCUUGAUGAUGAACCAUCUACAGCUACUUCAGGGUUGUUCUGGAAUGAGAGUGAGAAUAGCGGCAUGUUCUGUUUUAUUUAGAAAGAUAUUGAAACUGAACCGGAUCGGUUUGAGUAAAACAGAAUCAGGGCAGGUCAUUAAUUUGAUGUCUAACGAUGUUAAUCGUUUUGAUAUAGCAGCUUUAUACCUUAAUUACAUUUGGGUUAUGCCGAUCGUCGUGCCUGUUGUCUCAUAUCUAGUCUGGCAGCAUAUUGGUUGGGCAACACUUGCUGCUCUCGCCGUGAUCUUCAUACAAACAGUUAUCGUGCAAGCAUAUUUAAGCAAUCUUCAAGGUUCUCUGAGAGGAAAAAUAGCAAAACGUACAGACGAAAGGGUAAAAGUAAUGAGUGAAUUAGUUAAUGGUGUGCAAGUUAUAAAAAUGUAUGCCUGGGAAAAACCUUUCGAGAAACUGGUAGACAAACUACGCAAGUACGAAGUGAAAUUUAUUUUGAGAACGUCUUUUAUCAAAGGAUUUUCCACUGCACUCAGUGUGUUUACAGAGCGGUUCAUAUUGUUUGCUGCAGUGACCACUUUUGUACUGUUAGGAGGAGAUAUUCACGCAGGGAUCACUUUCUCAUUAGUACAAUACUAUAAUCUUCUUCAGUUAGCUUGCAAUAUCUUCUUUCCGAUGGCAUUGGCAUCCCUCGCUGAAUCCAAAGUGUCCGUUAGGCGUCUUGAGGAAUUUUUAUCCCUAGAGGAGCUGGAACCAGAAGAUUUUAAGACCAACGGUAUUAGCGUGAAUGGUAUAACCAACGGUGUAGAUAAACAUAAAGAAAGUGUAAAAUCGUCAGGUUUGAUAUUGACAAAUGUGACAGCUAGUUGGCAAACAAAGCCUAUUGUUCCUACUAUAAGAAAUAUAUCUCUAAACGUCCGUCCUGGGGAGUUUAUUGGAGUCACUGGCCUGGUUGGAGCAGGGAAGUCAUCGCUGUUACAAGUAAUUCUGGGAGAACUUCAGCCCUCACAAGGAAGCGUUUCUCUGGGCGGAGCACGCAUAUCAUACGCAAGUCAAGAGCCCUGGCUUUUUGUAGCAAGUGUCCGACAAAACAUUUUAUUUGGUCUGCCUUAUGAUCGUUUGCGCUAUAAGAAGGUGGUAACAGCAUGUGCUUUGAUUCGUGAUUUUGAACAACUACCAGCAGGGGAUGCAACAUUAGUAGGUGAACGUGGCAUCAGUCUUAGCGGAGGUCAGCGUGCGCGCAUCGGCCUAGCACGUGCCUGCUACAGAAAUGCGGACAUCUAUCUUCUAGACGAUCCAUUGUCUGCCGUAGACACCCAUGUUGGCAAGCAUUUGGUAGCAGAAUGCGUCAUGGGACUCCUUCGACAUUCGACACGAAUUCUUGUUACCCAUCAACUGCAUCAUCUUAAAUCUGCGGAUAAGAUUAUCAUAUUACGAAAUGGUGAAUUAGAGUUGCAAGGUAGCUUCGAGGAACUGUCAAAGACUCCGCUGUUCGAAGAAUUACUGCAAGAUGAGGAGCCACCAGAGCACACUGAAGAAGCUAUUCAAAUUCAGGCACAGAGACAACGUACUAUAUCAGUUCAGUCAAGAAUAAGUGUCAGCACGACAACGGAAGCGCAAGAUGAUGAAAACGACCCUCAGGAAACUGCUGAGCUUAUGGAAAAAGGACGAGUGUCUGCGUCGGUGUACACAAAGUACUUCCGCGCCGGAGGAAGCUGGGCCGUCUUGUUCUUCACAUUGGUAUCCAUUCUCCUCGCCCAAAUUGUUACGUCUGCAGGCGAUCUAUGGCUCACUAAAUGGAUGAACACUAUAGAAGAUAGAAAUAUUAAAAUGUAUGCUUUGUUGAAAACCGCGAAUAACGAUUUAGACUUUACAUUAGCAAAUAAUGUAAGUGCAACAGACAAUGAGACGGUAACAGAUGCCCCAGCCAUUGAAAACCUCGUUGCAACAACAAUAAGCUCAAACUUAUCAGUCAUCGGCACUAUGCUGAAAACAGCACUGACAGUAAAGAAUUUAACAAUGACAGAGGAAAUAUACGAGCCAAUCAAUCAUGAAUACUACAUUUAUAUAUGGGCUGCGGCUAUUUUUGGAUGCAUCAUUCUGACAACCGGCAGAUCAAUACAGUUCCUAUGGGUGUGUAUGCGCAGCUGUAUCAAGCUGCACAAUCAAAUGUUCAGCAACAUCCUGUCGGCAACAAUGCGUUUCUUUGACACCAACCCGUCGGGUCGUAUUUUAAACAGAUUCUCCAAAGACAUGGGUGUCAUCGACGAAAUCCUACCCAAGAUGUACCUUGAUAGUAUACAAGUGUUUAUGGUGAUGUUGGGUAUCUUAGCAAUGGUAGCCAUUAAGAGCCCGUUUAUGAUAGUUACGACUGCCUUUUGUGGUGUCUUCAUGUACUUCUGGACUGUUGUUUAUCUCAGUACAGCUCAAGCUAUCAAAAGAGUGGAAGGUGUGUCGCGUAGCCCGGUGUUCUCGCACGUGUCGGCCAGCAUGGCGGGACUGGCCACGGUGCGCGCGUGCGGCGCGCAGGCCAUGCUGCGCGAGCAGUUCGACUACAAGCAGGACGUGCACACUGCGGCUUGGUACUUAACACUAGUAACUAAUACAGCAUUUUCAGUAUGGCUCAGUCUUAUAUCAGCGGUGUACGUCGUGAUUGUCGCAUACACAUUUUUGUUAUUAGAUGAUGGGUCAACAAAAUCGGGCAACGUCGGCCUAGCCAUCAGCCAAGGACUCAUACUGGUGAACAUGGUCAAUUAUGGUGUAAAGCAAGCGACCGAGGUGAUAUCUCAGAUGACGAGCGUGGAACGAGUGCUCCAGUUCACAGAUUUGCCCAAGGAGAAGACGGACGGCCCCGCGCCGCCGCAGGGCUGGCCACAACGCGCACGCUUAGUCUUCAAAGAUCUUUAUCUUAGAUACGAUAAGGACGCCGAACCAGUACUCAAGAAUCUAAACAUUGUCAUUGAAAGUGGAUGGAAAGUAGGAGUAGUCGGACGAACUGGUGCAGGCAAAUCAUCGCUUAUAUCUGCCCUCUUCCGGUUGGCGCCGAUCGAUGGUCAUGUCUACAUUGACGAUGUCGAUACUGGCGAAAUAGCUUUACAGCAAUUACGGUCGAAAAUUUCCAUCAUUCCUCAAGAGCCGGUGCUAUUCUCAGCAAGUUUGAGGUACAAUUUGGAUCCCUUCGACAAAUACUCUGACGUUGAAAUAUGGAGUGCAUUGGAACAGGUGGAGCUGAAGCAGAGCGUGGCGUCGCUGGCGGCGGGCGUGGAGGCGGGCGGCGCCAACUUCAGCGCGGGCCAGCGCCAGCUGCUGUGCCUGGCGCGCGCCGCGCUCGCGCGCAACCGCCUGCUCGUGCUCGACGAGGCCACCGCCAACGUCGACCCCAACACGGAUGCCUUGAUCCAGAAGUCGAUACGUAAACAUUUCUCAAAUUGCACGGUGGUGACCGUGGCGCAUCGUUUGCAUACCGUAGCAGAUUCUGACCGGGUUGUGGUAAUGGAAGCAGGUCAAAUAGUGGAAUGCGGUCACCCUCAUGAAUUGCUACAAAAUGCAGAAGGCCACUUCACAAAAAUGGUCAACCAACUUGGUCCUGCUUCUGAGCAGAGCCUGCGGGAGCUCGCGCACAAUGCGUACUUACAACACAUUAAAUACGUCGACGCAGACGACCAACCCCAAAUA